AUGGCUUCGAUUCAGCGUCAGGUUUGCGGUGCUGCCAUCACUGAUAUUCAGAUUGCCAAGAAACCUGCUGUUGUUCAGCGCCAUCUGCGCCGUCGAGUUACCUGCGACCUGGACAUUACCGUCGAGCUGACUUUGAUCGAAGCUCAGAUCGACGUUGCUGCCGCCCGCGAUGUCCACAUUGCCGGUGAGUGCGCUGUUGUUGGUGAAGUUCACCGUCGUCGUGUCGGGCAGGUUAUCGAUCGUCAAAUCGCCCUCCAUAUGGCUCUGAUCGAAGCGGAGAUCAGCGCGGCUGUUGCCGGUGAAAUUGACGUUGCCUUCCAGGCUGCUGCCGUUGGUAAACGCCACAGUGGCAGUCGAGUCAGUUACCUGCACAUCGCCCGCCAUGCGACCCUGAUUGAAACCGAUAUUGCCUGUGCUGCCUUCGGCGAGGUCGACGCUGCCGGUCAACAAACUAUUGCCUGUUACCUUCAGGUUUACUGCGGAGGCACCUUUGGCGAUGACGUUGCC